UAUAAUUUUUACUUUCGACCAAUUCAAUUAAAUGCACGUUUAUGAUACAAUUUUUGUUUAGAAUAAUGCAUAAAAAAAUAUGUUAUAAUGAAAAUUUUGAAUAUAAAUGCGUUUUUAAUUAACAUAUUUGUGAUUACUUUAUUGACAAUAGUUCUUGAUUGGUUGUGGGCUAUUGUAAUAGUUAUUACAAUUAUUUUGUUUAAUUAUAAUUCCAAAACCGACACAGAAUAUUGCAUUAACAAAAAAGUUGAAAAUUUAACCCUUGAAAAUUUAAAAUAUUCAGAUCUUCAAUCGAAAAGUUCUGUGUCCUGUGUUCAAUCAGAGUUGCAUAUGAAAAUGAACUCGAACGCAAAUUUGGUUCAAAGAGAUAAACUGGUUAAUGGGUCAGAGAAAGCUAGUUUGUCUUCUCUAAUACACCGUGGAACAACAAGAAAAAUGGGCUCUGUAAAAAAUAAUAAUCAACCUUUGCUCUCUGUUUUAAAAAAUAAUACUUAUUUGAGAAAGGCAAAUAGUUAUCAUCAAUCACCAUUGAAAAGUCCACUUUAUCAAUCUAUGUCACCAGCAAAACUUAAUUGCAUCUAUAAUUCACCUUUGACACCAAAUAAUAGUUUUACCUCACCAAUAGUAAACAAUCAGUUUACAAGUCCCAGUGUUCAAAUGCAUUAUUUAGAUAAUUUUGCUAACUCGAGGAUUAGUGAAAAUGUUAAUGGUGGUCUUGAGGUUCAUGGUGCAUAUUUUUUAAACAAAAGUUUGUUGCAUACAGAAAGUUCUGAAAAUAUGUAUAGUCUAGUCAAUAAAAACUUUAGUUUGCCUGCUUCUAAACGCUGUAUGGGUAACGAACUUUAUCAAACACUCUGUAAUGAAGAGAAACAAGAACCUCAUAUUUUCAAAGAAAACAAUAACGUUGACAAAACUUGCACUGAAUCUGUAAUUUCUGUUUUAAAAGCUUCAAGCAAACGAAAAAAAGAAAAAGAAAAAGUUUUCUCUCCUACAACUGAUCAACCAAGUAGAUCUAAGCGCAAAAAGUUUGACAAUUCUGAUUUAGACUCAACUCUUAAUGAAUUGUUUCCUCCUAUGAUGUCAUCUGGCUCACCUCUUCGUAAAAGAAUAUCCAAUAUUAGAUCAUCAGCUAACAGAUUAGUGUCUACAGCUUCUCAAUAUGAAAACUUACAAGAGUUUAAACUAGCUGAGCCUGUAAAAACAUUGAGCAAUCCAGUUGUUAGUCGUACUAGAUUUGGUUUAACUGAAGAACAAACAGACGAACUCAUGGAUUACUCUGCUCAGAUUACUCCUAUUGAAAACAAAUAUACUAAUGAUGAAGUAAAAAAUCCCAACAGUAAAUUAGACAAAAUCACUCAUACAGAAAAAAAAGUUAAAUUUAAUGAUGCAUCCACUGAAUUUAAUGAUACACUCCCUAAAAACAUGCUUAAUGAGUCAAACAGUAAUUCUUACACAUCGCUUAAGAAAAAUGAAUCUUUUGGAUCGCUUGAGAAAAGUGAAUCUUUUGGAUCGCUUGAGAAAAGUAGAUCCUCUGCACUAAAAGAAUUGAAGUCUCCCUACAGAAAAAUUUUCAGCAGUUUAUCUAGUCAGACAUUAUUGGGUUCAAGUGAGAAGUUGCGUGAUCAUCCUGUAUACUUUAAUAACCAUAUUGAUAUUGAUGAAAUACAGAACAGCCGUGAAGAAUUUGGAUCUAAAGGUGUUUCUAUAAGUGCAUUUCGUAAUAAUCAAGAACAUGCUGUAAAGUUAGUUAAUGAUUUACUUGAUGGCUCAGAUUAUUCCAAGCAAAAAAUAAUAGCUCCAGCAAGUUUAAAGGAACAGAUAGCAACUUCUUUUGAAAACAAGGCAUCUAUAAUUUCUACAUCUAGCUUACCUGUUUCUGCAACUACAUUGUUUGUUGAUUCUUCAGUAAAGCUAAGUGAAAUUGCAUUUGCAAAACCGUCUCCUACAUUUUUAAAAUCUGAUUCUUUGAAAAGUACAAACCAACAUCUAACCUUUGGUGUGCAAGAAACCUCUUUGGGAAAGGUUUGUACCUCUGAGAAUAAUUCUAAACCACCAGAAGCAGCAUUUAGUUUUGUGUCACCAUCAUCAGUAAUUUUACCAUCGAGUAAUGCUGUUUCAGGCAUGCAAGUGACUAAUAGUAUUUCAAAUGGAUCACAAUCUUCAAUUUCUUUACCUUUGAUAAACCCUAACUCUUUAAAUUUUUCAACUCCUCUUGUAGUGUCAAGCAGUUCAUCUCAAAUAGGUUUUAGUUUUGCAACUACUACAACUGGGUUUUCCUUUCCAAAAACAAAUUUAAGUAAUGAUUUGAACACAUCUGCGGUUACAACUUCAUUGACUGAAAUUUCAUUUGUUGCAACAACUUCAAUAUCAACUUCAACACCAAGUAUUUCGUUUAGUUUAUCAACUUUAACUACACCAGCAUCAAACGUUUCUGUAAAUCAGUUUACAAGUUUGACAACAACAUCAAGUUUAGCUGAAAGUAAUUCUGGUCUACAAACAAGUUUAUUAUCUUUAAGUAAAAAUACACCUAUAACUUCAAUAAACUUUAAUUUGUCUUCUUCAACAAUAUCUUCUUCUUCCUCUAUUAGCACGCCAUUUACUAAUAAUCUUUUUGGCGCUUUUGGUGAGAAAUCAUCAGGAACAUUUUUGUUUGGAAAUUCAGCUGUUUGUACCUCAGUUCCAGCAUCUACUCAGAGCUCAACCUUUUUUUCUAAUACACCCGCUUCUACUACUAUGCUUACUGGUGCAUCGUCUGUAUCAAAUACUUUCAAUUUUGUGGCAAGUUCAGUCCCACCUUCUGUGUUUAAUUUCAAUAGUACUUCCAGUCAAACUUCUCAAAUAUCCAAUCUUUUUGGUACUACACCUUCUUCUACAUUGUUUUCUACCUCUACAAAUAGUUUUAAUAAAGGUGGUAGUGUGUUUGGGUCAACUAUAGCACCUGUAGUAAGUACAACAUCUUCUAGUAGUCAAAAUAUUUUUAACAAUCCUUUACCAACAACUUCAUUAUUUGCAGCACCAACAACUCAAUCGACUCACCAACCGCCAAAUUUGUUAUUUGGGGCACCAGCUGCACAGUCAACUUCAUCUGUUUUUAAUCCACCUACUUUCCCAAACUUUUUUGGAUCAGCUACAACCGUAUCUUCUGCUCCAGCAUUGUUUAAUCAACCUGCGCAAGUAUCCAGUUCUGUUUUUAAUUUUAAAUCCUCUUCAACCACUUCUACCACAAGUGGAUUUUCUUUUCCUUCAGUAGUAUCUUCAGGUUUUGGAACUAAUAACAUAUUUGGAAAUAGUACUACAGUUUCAGCUUCAAUAUUUGGUGCACCUCCGAUAUCUUCUUCUGCAAUAUUUGGAGCACCUCCGACAUCUUCUGCAUUAUUUGGAGCACCUCCGACAUCUUCGGCGUUAUUUGGAGCAUCAAUUCCCAAUAGUGGAUCUAGUGUUUUUGGACAAACAGUAUCACAAAGUUCUCUACCAAAUGUAUUUGGUAAUUCCACACAACAGUUCUCAGCAUCUAAUCUAUUUGGACAGUCUUUACAACAAACUCCAAGCUUCAAUUUUGGGGUAUCGUCAACGCAAUCCUCAAAUAUGUUUGGAGUUCAAUCUGCUCCUAUUAAACCUGCUUUUAACUUUGGCUCUCAACCAGCAACACCAAGUUUUAAUUUCAAUGUCAAUGAUGCACAGACUCCAUCAUUUGCAUCUCUAGGUGCUUUUGGUAAUACUGGACAACCAGGUAUAAACUUUAACUCACCUGUUCCAGGUGGUGGAUUUUCAAUUGGAGCUGGUACUCCAUCUUCUGGUCGACAAACAACUAAAGCUCGAAGAAGAUUAAAAAAAUAACUCAUGUUGUAUUGCAUUCAAAUUUCAAGUCAUUCUAAUUGACGUCAUUCCAAGUGACGUUCAUGUUAAUCUCGAAUUGCAACUUAUCAGGAAUAUUUGAGUUAUGAAUUUUUAAUGUUUAAAAAUUAAACAUUAGUUUAUUACUAUGGCACUAAAAAUUUCGGAAAACGAACGUUUUAAAAUGUUUAUAUUUGCAAGCGUUAAUUCCAUAGAUACAUGAUUCUGUAUGCUACAUUCGUUGUCAUAAAUGUAAAAGGUGGCAAAAAGUAUGAGUGUACAAUUAGAUUUGUAGCGAAAAAGGAAAGUUUUAUUUGAUAAAUUUUUAAGGUAAAA